UUUUUGGCUUCACGAGCGCAAAAACAGCAAAGGAUAAACCAGUGUUUCUCUGUAUAUACACCUUACUUCGAUGACGACUCGAGCAACUUAUACCUAGACUGAUGCUUUCGGCUUCCUGCGAGCGCGCAUCUAUGGACCGGAGUUGCUUUUUUGGUUUCCCACGGCGGCUAUGCCAGAUUUGCUGUUGGCGGUUAUACCUCAUCUUUUCGGCUUGGUGUUUUGUCACAUUUUUGGGUGGGAUGGAUCAUUUUCUCAUGCUUUUCAGGGAUUUAGAAAGGCGGAAACGAUAUAUACGUCUGCAUUGAUUGGGCUUUGCUGAGUUGUUUGGGAUGUUUGGCUGGUUUCGACCUACACUUCGCAUAUGUUUUCAUUUCUUG